AUGGCGCAGGUUGACACUCUAGACAUGCUCGUUCUGGCGGUCAUACUCGUCGGGACGAUAGCAUAUUUCACCAAGGGUAAAUUCUGGGGGGUUACAAAGGACCCCUACGCCUCUACCUACGCCGCAGCGAACAGCGCAAAGCAAGGUCAGACCCGCAACAUCGUCGAAAAACUCGAGGAAACCGGCAAGAACUGUGUCAUCUUCUAUGGCUCGCAGACUGGUACCGCAGAGGACUAUGCGUCCAGGCUGGCAAAGGAAGGGUCUCAGCGAUUCGGCCUCAAGACCAUGGUCGCCGAUCUGGAAGACUACGAUUAUGCCUCCCUGGAUAAAUUCCCCGAAGAUAAAGUUGCUUUUUUCGUCCUGGCCACGUACGGUGAGGGAGAACCGACGGAUAACGCCGUUGAGUUCUUCCAGUUCAUCUCCGGAGACGAUGUCAGCUUCGAAGAUGGCGGUUCACCGGAAGACCAGCCGCUCUCCAACAUGCGAUAUGUCGCAUUUGGCCUCGGAAACAACACCUAUGAGCACUAUAAUGCCAUGGUUAGGAUCGUAGACAAGGCCUUGACCAAGUGUGGUGCUAAGAGGAUCGGUGAUGCCGGAGAAGGUGACGACGGUGCCGGAACCAUGGAAGAAGACUAUCUAGCCUGGAAGGAACCCAUGUGGAAGGCCUUGGCCGAGGAGAUGGGCCUCGAGGAGAGAGAAGCUGUCUAUGAGCCUACCUUCAGUAUUAUCGAGGAAUCGGAAUUGACACAAGAGUCUGACAACGUCUACUUGGGAGAGCCAAACUCAUCCCACCUCAACGGACGUGGCCAGGGACCCUACAACGCCCAUAACCCAUUUCUCUCCCCCAUCGUCGAGUCUCGCGAACUAUUCUCCGUCAAGGACCGCAACUGUCUGCACAUGGAAUUUAACAUUGAGGGAAGCCAGCUUAACUACCAGACGGGUGACCACAUCGCCAUCUGGCCCACCAACGCCGGCCAGGAAGUCGACCGUUUCCUCAAGGUCUUUGGCCUGGAAGAGAAACGUCACACUGUCAUUCGCGUCAAACCUAUCGAUGUCACUGCUAAGGUCCCAUUCCCCCAGCCAACUACCUACGACGCUGUGGUGAGGUACUACAUCGAGAUCUGCGGCCCCGUGUCGCGACAGUUCAUCUCUCAGCUCGCCCCAUUCGCUCCUGAUGAAGAAACAAAGAAGAAGAUGAUCCGCAUUGGUGAAGAUAAAGACGUCUUCUCUGAUAAAGUGUCUACCUUCUACUUCAACAUUGCCCAGGCCCUGCAAUCCUUCACCGACAAGCCCUUUACCGCUGUCCCGUUCUCGUUGCUCAUCGAAGGUAUCCCCAAAAUCCAACCUAGAUACUAUUCCAUCUCCUCCUCGUCUAUUGUCCAGAAGGAAAAGAUCAGCAUCACUGCAGUCGUCGAGUCGUUACGUGUUCCCGGGGCCGGUCAUGUCGUCAAGGGUGUUACGACCAACUACCUCCUUGCCCUGAAACAGAAACAACAUGGUGAACCAAAUCCAGACCCAUUUGGCUUGACUUAUGCCAUUACUGGACCGCGCAACAAGUAUGACGGCUUCCAUGUCCCUGUACAUGUGCGUCACUCCAACUUCAAGCUCCCAUCCGAUCCAUCCAAGCCUAUCAUCAUGGUUGGUCCCGGUACCGGUGUCGCUCCUUUCCGCGGCUUCGUCCAGGAACGAGUCCAUCAGGCUGAAAACGGCGAAACUGUCGGUCCUACCAUCCUUUUCUACGGUUGCCGCAAGAGCACAGAAGACUUUCUCUAUAAAGAAGAAUUUGAGGUAUCCAAGAAACUUGGCGACUCUUUCAAGCUCAUCACUGCUUUCUCCCGUGAGACUUCUCAAAAGGUAUAUGUCCAGCACCGCCUCAAGGAACACGCCGAGCUCGUCAGCGACCUGCUCUCCAAGAAAGCCAACUUCUACGUCUGCGGAGAUGCUGCCAACAUGGCCCGAGAAGUAAACAUCGUCCUUGGCCAGAUCCUCGCUGAGCAGCGCGGCCUAAAACCCGAGAAGGGUGAGGAACUCGUCAAGCAUAUGCGAAACACUGGCUCGUACCAGGAGGAUGUCUGGUCGUGA